CCUAAGUCGUCAUCUAGCUACCCGCGUCCUCCUCCACUCUCCUUCCACCGUCCCAUCUCCCCGUUCCCCUUUCCCAGUCUUCUUCCAUCAUCAUCUGCUCCAAACGCGCCGCCUCCAGUUUCACAUCUCCCGGCCAUGGUUGUGCUUCGGACCCGAGCAGUCACUCCGCAAACCCUAGCCAAAGACUCCACUCCCUCCGGCGAUCGACAAUCCCCCGCCGUUCAUCAACCUGAACCUCCGGUCCCGGUCUCGGUCUCUCCGUCCUUCACUCCCCUUUCCGCACCCCGACGGAGCGGCCGGCUUGCUUCCAGAUCACCGACCGCCUAUGAAACCCCUCAGACUUCCGGACGCAAGAGGAGGCGUGCUUCAGGCGGUGUCAGUUCGAUUGCGGAAAAUAAAGCGAUCGAGGAAGGGAAACCAGCGGCGCAGGGAGUUUCUAACGAAGGUAACGUGAUUGCUGAUAGGAUUGAACCGGAAGCGGAAGAGGAAACCCCUCAGACUACCGAGCGAAGGAGGAGUGCUUCAGCCGGUGUCGGCUCGAUUGCGGAAAAUAAAGCGAUCGAGGAAGGGAAACCAGCGGUGGUGGGAGUUUCUGACGGAGGUAACGUGAUUGCUGAUAGGAUUGAACAGGAAGCGGAAGAGGAAACCCCUCAGAUUACCGGGUGCAGUAGGGGGAGUGCUUCAGCCGGUGUCGGGGCGAUUGCGGAAAAUAAGGCGAUCGAGGAAGGGAAUCCGGCGGCGGAGGGAGUUGCUGACGGAGGUAAUGUGAUUGCUGAUAGGGUUGAACAGGAAGUGGUAGAGGAAACCCCUUCGACUACCGGGCGCAAGAGGGGGAGUGCUUCAGCCUGUGUCGGCUCGAUUGCGGAUAAUAAAGCGACCGAGGAAGGGGAUCAGGCGGUGGAAGGCGUUGCUACCGUGAUUACUGAGAGGGUUAAACUGGAAGAACGCGAAAAUGAUGGGAAAUGUUUGAGUUUGGAUGAGAAUCGGAGUGUUAACCGCACUAGAAGAUGGACUAGCGAAGAGAAAGGGAAAGGGAAAUUGGGGGAAGUUGGCAGUUUAGAGACUGCUUUUGGAGGGAAGGGGAUUUCUAUUGAAAAUGAUGUGAAAAAUGGAGAACUACGAGUUCCAGGAACUUUGAUUAUCAAUGAGGGCGGGGCAGAGCGUGAAGGUAGACGAAACUGUAAUCAAUCUUCCACCGGUGUCACGGGAAAGGUUAGCAGAGAAGAGCAGGAGAGAUUGAAUGAGAAAGGUAAGGAGUUGGAAUCUAAAAUUGAGUUCUUGAAGAGUGAAAUCAAACGGACAAUGGAUGCUCUGUCGAAGAAGCUGGAAUCGGGUUCUAGAAUGGUCCAAUUCAAGGACGCAGCACGAAAGAAUGCUGCUCGAUUUGCUCAUUUUGAAGCUCAAGAGAAUCAGCAACAUCAGGAGGCUCCUCCUGGUGUUCAAGCAGGUUGGCAAUCUACUGAGGGAGAGCAGAAGGUUGAAGAUUGGCCUGGUCCAUUCUCGACUGCUAUGAAAAUUAUUAGGGAUAGAUCAAAUAGGAUGAACUUGCAGAGUGGGAAACCCACUUCUGACAAGCCCAAUUCUUUUGCAAUAAACUGGACUCCUAGAGAAGAUGGUGGUGGCUGUAAUCGCUCAAAAAAGAUGGUUCCUUCGCUGCAACAGCUGUGCACGGAAGGUCUUGCCAAAUAUGCUGAUGCAAUCACUUCACUAGAGUGUGUCCCUGAUGCUUUCAGACACAGGCUUUCCCAGUUGCUUUGCGAUUCUCGAAAGAUGAAUACAAAUUUUUUGAAUCUUAUUGCUUGUGGAUCUCCUUCUGAAAUACGAAUCAGGGAUUGUUCCUGGCUAACGGAGGAAGAAUUCACAGAUUGCGUUCAGGGCCUUGACACCAGCAAUUUAACGGUUCUACAACUUGACUAUUCUGGUCGAGGCAUGCCUGAUUAUGUUUUACUUGCUACCUUAGCUGGGUCUCCAAGCAGCCUGCCUGUAUUAAAUACAUUAUCCCUGAACGGUGCUUAUCGCCUUUCAGAUGUUGGGAUUAGAGCACUUGUUUCUGCUGCUCCUUCACUAAGAUGCCUGAAUCUUAGCCAAUGCUCCCUUGUUUCUGCAACUAGUAUCAGCAUUUUAGUAGACUCGUUGGGUUCUACUUUGCAGGAAUUAUACCUUAAUGACUGCCAAAGCAUUGAUGCCAUGCUUAUGUUACCUGCAUUACUGAGGUUUGAACAACUUGAAGUUCUAUCAGUGGGUGGUAUCGAGACAGUUUCUGAUGACUUCAUCAUUUGCUUUGUUUCUGUGUGCGGACAUGCGAUGAAGGAGCUUGUUCUUUCUGAUUGUGUAAAAUUGACUGAUUCUUCCCUGAAAGUUAUAGCUUCAGCAUGUCCUCGCCUGCAGUCGCUCAACCUUGCAAAUGUGCGGCAGUUGACUGAUUCUGCACUGGGAUAUCUUGCAAAUGGGUGUCAAGAAAUCCAAACGUUGAAACUCUGUCGCAACAACUUCAGUGAUGAAGCUGUUGCCGCAUUCAUAGAAGCCUCUGGGGAGUCAUUGAAAGAUCUUUCACUCAAUAAUGUCAAGCAGGUUAGCCACAACACUGCACUAUCAGUUGCUAGACGAGCAAGAAAUUUGCAGAGUUUGGAUCUAUCAUGGUGCCGGAACUUGGCAGACGAGGCGGUUGGAUUGAUAGUGGAUAGCUGCCUGUCACUGAAGGUGCUCAAGAUCUUCGGGUGUGAUCAGCUGACAGAUGUGCUACUAAGUGGUCACUCGAAUCCGGUAGUGGAAAUCAUCGGGAUGAAGAUGUCUCCAGCAUUAGCAAAUGUCAGAGUGAGUGAUGCACAGGCCUUCCCUGCCCAUUAUACAUCGGUCCUCUCCUCCAUGUAAACUGGAACUUCUGUUCGAUACGGAGGAUCCACCUGUGGUGAACAUAGUUAGUGGGUAGCGAGACGUUGAUUUUUGUACAUUCGGAUUAGGCAGGUACUAAGAAGCCAUUUUUGGGGGAGGUCGAAGACCGUGUUCUAAUGAUUACUGCAAUGUAAUUACCUUACUGAAGGAAACGCCAAUUUUGAAGGCCGCCCAGAAAC